CUUCUCCGCGACGUGCACGCCUCUAGAUCUGGAGGGAUUUGGAGAAGUUUCAACAAAAACUCUUUAUACGCCCUCUUUGCUAAACUGAAGAAACAAAUGACGGUACAAAAUUAAAAAAAAAUCUCCUUAAAAUCAACAUGAGUUAUAAAAUUCCAUGAUAAUAAGAUACGAAUACAUAUAAGAUCAGCCUAUUUAUAAAUUCUAAGCCUAAAAAAAUAAAGAAAAAAUGGACAAUAACGAAUAUUGAUAUGUCAUGAUUAGAAAUAGUAAAAACAACUUGACGACAUGUAUUAUUGACGAAGAAAAUUCAUAAGAGACAAAAUUGUAUUUGCAGAUAUUUGUUAUGAUAACUCUAGAGAAUGGCAAGGUACCGUAUCUAGGACGUUCACAGGAAAGCGGUGCUUACCCUGGGCAAAUGUUACGGCGAUGCAGACGAGCAGCACAAUCGCUGAUUAUCCUGAUGGUCCAGCAGAGAAUGCUUCAAACUUUUGCAGGGAUCCAACUAAUAAAUCCUUUCUUUGGUGUUACGUCAGUCAAGAUGAAAUCGAACAGUGUGAUAUUCCAAAAUGCAUUGCGGAAGACAGUGUAUAUCCUUGCAUGUCGUUCAGAAAGUCUGGGGGCAUAUUUUACUUCACUCAAGAAAACUGUGAUAAAACAAAUGCGGCAGUAUGCGAAACGUCUGAUCACAAACAUCUCUUGGAUCGUAACAUACGAACAUGGUCUGAUGCCAGAGAUCAAAACAGACACGCCUAUUACAGAGAUUCCGGCGUGUCUUACUACUGCUUCAUGCUGGCCGGUCCGGGUAUUUUCCGUCUGAAAACAAACUUGCAGGAUUUUUGGACAUGGUUUGCGUAUUCUCGAAACAUCUGCAGUGUUUCCACAAUAGUUCCUAGUCGGGAACCACGUCAAUGUUUCGGAAUGUUUUAUUACGAUGGGUAUAUAAGAUCUACAAUCAAGAGCUGUGACGAACAGAAGUCAUUCGUAUGUCAAUAUGAGAAGGUCACAUGCGGUGAAAAGUUUAACAUGUCGUUGAAUGGUAGCCUUGUAACACCUGGUUACAUGGGGAGAGGAUAUGACCAUUAUGGACGAUGUGUCUGGACAAUUUCUGUACCGAAAGAUCAUAAUAUACAGCUCUCAAUGAAUAUAUCCAUAGAAAAUACUUAUAUGUGUAGAAGCGACUUUCUUAGGGUCUUUAGAGGUAACUUUAGCAAUGGGAUUUCUCUAUGUGGCAAUGUAACGGAUGUUCUUAAUAUUGCAAGCAGCAAUGUUACCAUAGAAUUCCGGUCAGAUGGAACCAUCAACGGUAAAGGAGUAUAUAUAACAUGGGAGGCAGUUCCCUUUGUAUCCGAGGUAACCAAUUCGAUAACUCGUGAAAUAUCCACGAUUUUAACGCCAUACUCAACUACUUUUGACAUAUUAAUUACCAAAGAUUCAAAUGGUCACGAAAACAGAUUUUUACUAGCCGGGAUACCGGGCGAAACUUUAAUUGGCAUUCUUGUGGGUGUUCUAGCUGUCUGUGGUGGUAUUUUUGGAAUGCUAUUUGUUUAUAGAAGAAGGAGGAAUGCUAUCGACAAAAACAAAAGAUACGACGGUAUAGUACAGUCAAGCGAUCACGACGAAGUUACAGAGCAUCCAUUUGUCCGGGACUUGAAUCCUAAUACUUCUUCCGGAAGUGAAACAAUGACCGGUCAGUCUUCCCAAGAGCUGUACCAUAAUGCAUUUUUCGGAAAUGAAACAUCGAUAACGGAAAGUUCGUCAAAUAUCUAUCAUAACCAGUCUGUAGAUGAAAAAGAAUCAUGUGCGGAUAAUGCAUCCAACAUUUAUGAUAAUACGUCCUUUAAAGGGAAUCAAUGGACUGUUGAGGAAAUGGAAUGUGACUAUCUAGGUGACAACUAUCCAGUUGACCGAGUUUCUCAAAUAGACGACGAGUCAACACCGACCAGCAAUCUAGUCCAAGAGAAGAGCAGCAGUAGUGAAAAGAUCCACAAUAUCAGUACAGACAUUUAUAAUACAUUAAACGAAGCCGUAAGAAACGAGUAUCAAAAUCAACCGGAAACGGUUUAUACAAAUCAUAGAAAAUCAGACGACAUAUAUGAUCAAAUAAAAACAAGCAGAAGACAAAGCGAAGGAAACAGUACUGACUUAUCAGAAACUAACAUGUAUGACCAUUUCACCAAUUAUCAAGUAGAAUAUUCGAAGGCGUCUGCAUGUGGGAGACAAAACGUAGAAGAUAGUAUGGCUUUGACAGAUAAAUUAACGUAUGACUUUUUAACUAAGUGAAUAAAAUUUAAGGACGAUCUAAAGAGUGUUCAAAAUGAGAACAGGCUAAUAUUAUAUAUAUGUUUGUCUAAAAAUAAGCAACCUGUAACCAUGUGUUUGCUCGUGACAUAUAUGGAAAAUUGACCGGAAGUAGUAUUUUCUCGCGCAUGCGUAAUUUGCGUAGGGCAAAAAGAGCACUGCCCUACAUAGAAAUAUAGUAGAAAAUCAUAGACAAUUCCGAGUUAGUUUAAGGUAAAAAUUAGAAAAUCAUAUAAAUAGCUUUUAACAGAAACAAAAAAGAUACCUUUAUAGCGUUGUGGCCAAGAUUGCCCAAAAAAGGCAUGGAAAGACGAUUUUUAAGAAUUCCCACUUACGAUCUGACAUUGAGAUUAUUGUUGUAAAAAAUGUGGAAAUAUAUAUAUUAGCAAAUAAAGAAGUCAUUUAAUUGUUAUUGAAAUUGUCCAUAUAAAAACUUUUUUUAUAACAUAUAAUAUAUAUAUUUUUUAUAUAAAUUUUAUAACAUUUAAAA